AUGUCAACUCAACGCGACACUUUGAUGCCAAACGCUCCUCAACUAUGGCUUCCAGCCCUCAGAGCUGCUUUAAAGAAAAUUCGACACAGGCGAGCACGUCGUGCUCCUCCGAGCACUACUAUGGUUGAUCAGGCCACACAAACAAAGACUUGGCUAGAUGACCAACACCAACUCGAGAGCCAGGAUGAGGACCACAAGGAAGCCGAAGAGACUGGUCUAAGAUUCAUGGAUCUGCCUCUCGAGCUCCGUCGAGAGGUAUACCGGCAUUACAUCAACGAUCUCCCGCCAUUGAUGCACUCUUCGCUACAGAUCUGUCGCGAAGUAGCUGAUGUCACCGACCCCGUUUGCACCUUCCGAAUGUUCAACGGUCGAUGUAGCCCUUUCAACCUGAAAUUCAUAGCAGCUGAUGCAGUAGCGGCAAAACUCAAAUUUCUCUGUGACAAGUCCCAAAGAGAGAAAGUUCGUCUCCGAAUCGAGCUACAAUGCCCCCACAACUACGUUGGGAUGAUGAAUUAUCAUUUGGAAGCGAUCCUGGAAGUUGUACGAGCUAAGAAGAUGGCACCAGUUGAGGUGUACAUGACCGAAGACGAGGUCUGCAGCUUGUGUGCGCUCGAUCCAGACCCAGACCCAGACCCUGUGAGGUUAGUCAGAGAAUUGGUGGAGCGUGUGGAGCGCAUGAGAGAUAGACGAACUGGGAUCUAUGGUGUGCAGACUCGAUGCGAUUGCAAAGGUCGGAGAUUGGAGUAG